UAUCAAAUGUCAACCGUCAAACUAAAUGUCAAAAGCAACCGCAAUCAUAACGGUCGUUUGUUACAUUUUUAGAAACAUAAACUAUUUUAUUAAUAUUGUCUGCAGUUUUAAUUAUAAGUAGCCAGAAUGGAUUUUAACAGUACAGGCGGGAUUAGAAGUCCAUUUUCACCAAGGGUUAAACAAUCCAUUACAGGAAGAAGACCAAUCGGAUUGUCGUCUGCCAAAAAAUCACAAAGUAACUAUAUGCAGUCUCCGGGAGCACAGAAAACUGGAGAUGUUAUCUACAAGACGCCGUUGAUCACAUUAGAGACCUAUGGCCUGCCUCUGCCCGUCAUGGUCACAGAAGCUCUCACUUUUGCAAGUGGCGAGGUGAGCGCGCGUAUGUCAACUUGCGGGUGGUGCUGGGUGGUGGCAGGGCGACGUGUGUUGGCCUGGCCUAAUCGGCCCGAACUGGUCGCCGCCGCACGGGAACUUACUCUGCCGCAGACUGACCUCGCGCACAAAGCCGACCUUGUUGUGCUCUUCUACGAAGAUGAUGCACAGCUGCCAUCUUGUAUUGGGGUGUCACCAGAGGGAGUGAUUCGGUACUGGCCCAGCGUGGGACAGGAGGGCGUGUACGUGGACGUUUCUGCCGAGCUGGCCGGCCAGGAGUGCGAGCAGCUGGGAGAGCCGACGAAGAGCGGCUUGGUCCUCGCCACCACCACAUGCACCGUCGUCCUGCUCACACCUACCAUGUUGGAGGGCCGUCCCACAGUGACGUGCCGCACGCUGCGCCCGCCGAGCGGCUGGCUGGGGGGCAUCGGCCGCCGCGUCUCGCUGCUCUUCUUCGGCUCCAUGCCGGCCAACGCCGACACUAAGCUGGUGGGCGUGGUGGUGCUGAGCGGGGGCGUGGUGGAGGGCGGAGGCGAGGCGGGGGCGGAGGACGGAGCGCAGGAGGAAGGUGCGGCGGAGGAGUGCGUGGCGCUGGUGGCUAGCGGGCCGCAGCUGCAGCUGUGGCGCGGCGCCGAGCUGCACGAGCACCACCUUCACCGCGCGCUCGCCGACGCCACGCUGCGCGCGCACCAGGGACACCUGCCGCACCAAGUGGACCUGAGCGGGCUGGAGGUGACGGCGCUGGACGUGCACGCGAGCGGGCCGCACUCGCUGGUGCUGCUCGUGGCCGCCGUCAGCGUGGCGCGUUCGCCCGACAAGCGCUACGCCAUCGUGGAGCUGGACGUGUCGCAGCCGCAGCGCGUGCGCGUCAGGUCUGCGCGGGCGCUGCGGCCGCCGCGCGAGGACGCCCGCCCGCCGCGCUGCCUGCCCUCGCCCGCCACCCCGCUGCUCUACUCCCCCACAUACGUCGCCCUCCUCACCGGCUCGGGCUCCAGCGAGAAGAUGGAAUGUAUCGAGGUGUCCGCGGAGGGCGACCGCGUGCUGGGCGGCGCGCUGUGCGCCGGCGUGCCGCUGCUGUUCACCCGCCAGCACGGCGUGCUCGCGCUGCGCUCCCCGCGCCCCCACCACCUGUCCGUGAGCGACAGCCCGCUCGCCUCGCCCGCCGCCGCCGACCUCUACGAGGGUAACCUCUCCAUGUACGAGAUAGAUCCCAACGAGAUGAACGCCCUGGCCACGGAUCCCCGCAGCAAGUUGAAGACUGCGUUCCUGUUCCACCUGCGGCGGGAGCCCGCGGCGGCGCGCAUCCUGGCCGAGGAGUUCCCGGCGCGUGCUGGGGCGGGGGUGGGGGCGGGGUCGGGGGCGGGGUCAGUGGACGCCCCGCUGGACGCCGCCGUGGCGGGCGCCGCGCGCGAGCUGCUGGACGACGCGCCCGCCGGCGACCCGCGCUGGCGCCGCGCCGCGCCCCGCUCCGCCGCCGCGCUCGGCGCCUCCGCCGCGCUGCAGCUGGCCGCGCAGCUGCGCGACAAGGCGCGCGCCUUCGCCCUCUUCCUCGACUUCCUGCGCGCGCACUCCCUCUGGCGCCGCCUCGCCGACGUCACCAGAGAGUGCGGCGACGGCGCGAUCGGCACGCAGCAGCUGCUGGGCGCGUACGGCGAGCGGCUGGCGGCCGCGCGCGCGCUGCGCCGCCUUCAGGAGGAAGGCGCUCACCUCGUCGACGCCGCCGUGCACCAGGUGGGCAGACUGCACAUGCGGGAUCCUUCCUUCGCCGAUGUGGCGCAGGGCGCGGAGGCGGAGGAGUGGCGCGGCGGGGCGGGCUGGGAGGAGGAGGAGGCGUGCGAGCGCGAGGAGGCGGCGGCGCUGCGGGCGGGCGCGCUGUCGGCCGACGACGUGGCGUUCCGGCGCGUGUCGCGCGGCGUGCUGAGCGAGGUGCAGGCGUGGCGCGCGCAGUGGCUCGCUGCCGGGGGGCCCGCGCCGCCCGCGCGCCCCGCGGACCCCGCGCUGCGCCCCGCCCUGCUGCAGCUGCACACGCCGGAGGCGGGGCAGACGCAGCGCGCGGCCGCGCUGGCGGAGAAGUUCCAGGACCUGGAGCUGCUGGUGCAGCUGUGCGUGCGGGACGGCGACCUGCCGCGCCUGCACACCUACAUGGAGAAAUACGCCGACCAGGGCGUGGCUGAGAUAGCGUUCGCGUGGCUGGCGUCGGGCGGCGGGGAGCGGCGCGCGCUGCUGGUGCGCGAGGUGGGCGCGCGCGAGCCCGACCGCCUGGCGCGCUGGCUGGCCGCGCGCCCCGAGCGGGCCCAGCUGCGCGCGCUGCACCUGCUGGCGCGCCGCCGCCCCGCGCCCGCCGCCGCCGCCCUGCUCGCCCUGCUCGCCCCCGCCCACCGCACGCACGCGCCGCCGCCCACUCUCAACCGCACCACGACGAUCGCGUCGCUGGCCAAGCUGUGCCUGCUGGCGAGCGAGGAGGAGGGCGCGGAGGAGGGCGCACUACGCGAGGCGGAGGCGCAGCUCAGCCUGUGCGAGCACCACCGCGCGCUGCCCGCCGCCCUGCGCCCGCUUGCAUCAGCACCAGCACCAGCACCCGCACCAGCCGGGGACACUGACUGCCCGCUGCUCGGCGCCCGGCGUCUGCUGCAGCUGUACAUAGAGUCGGAGAGCGAGACGCUGACCGAGUACGACUACAAGAAGGCGCUCGACCUCACCGACUUCAUCGAGGAGCCGGAGCUGCGCGAGGAGCUCAGCCUGCAGGUGUGGUGCGCGUGUGCGCUGCGGACGCGCUGGGAGGAGCUGGCCUCCGAGGCGGCGGCGGGCGCGCUGAGAGACACCGCACUCUACCGCCUCGCAGACCUCGUGCACCUCAUGGGCGGCGAGGUGCGGGCCAGCUUGCCGCCGCUGGGCGCGCUGCUCGCCGCGCUGGAGGGGUCGCCGCGCCUAGCUGCCCGCGCCCGCGACCCCCGCUUCCACUUCGCGCUCAAGCUCGCCUACGAGUACAUACAGGAGGACCACCCCGACCCCCGACACUCGCCCCCCACCACCCCCACCACUCCCACCACCCCCACCAUACACUCCUACUAAAACCGGUCACAUCCUGACAACGGUAUUCAUUGUACCCUCUAUUGUUUCAAUACAUUAAAUCCAUAUCGUUUUGUUAUUCAUACAAUAGAGUAGCCAUAAGAGAAAUGUAAAAUUGUGAAAGUUUAAAAAUGUAUAAGUAAGAAGGAGGCAGUCCCGGAGCUGAGACUGUACACUUGUUCACUCUGAAUGUAUCCGGUGGAGGUGACUGAGGUGACCGGAGAGGUAUGUCCGAGUGUUCCCGCUGAGGUAGAUGUUAGCUUCUCUAUAAUGUCAUCACUACUAAAUGAAAUGAACUACAAAAAUUCAUUUUCAAAUGUUUUUCUUUAUCUAUUAAGUGAAAUUGUUGGAUCCAAAUGUUUAGUUAACACAUGUUUUGUUAGUUUUAUGUUUUUAAGAAGAAACGUUUGAUCGAUUAUAUGAUAUAGUUCCUAUGUUAUAUUUAAUAAAAUGUCGAUAUCGACAUAACAUUUUACAAAUUGACGUAUUAUAAUUUUAUAAUACGUCAGUUUGUGAAUAUUGUAAUCGUGUACGAGUUACCAGCCAAAUCACAAACGGCGGAACAACAUUUGUUAAAUGUCUUUCGAUGACUAUUUAAUAAUGUAUCAAUGAACGAAAUAUAUUUUUGUACCGUAUUUGUAACGUGUCUAAAUUGCCUCUAAAAUAAACACAAA